GGCACAUGUGAAGAUUACUAAGAUUGAUGAAACUUUUAGCUGGUUUUACAAUGCUUGCACAAGUUGUGACAUGGAGGUCACAGUUGGAAAUCCAUGUCCAAUAUGUGAAGCUUGCAACAGAUACGUUCCGUAUCCCCAGAAAAAGUUUAAAAUUCAUGUUGUUGCUGAGGACCAAACCGGCCAGAUGCCAGUAGUGUUACGAGACAGAGAAGUGCGUGCAAUAACUGGGAGAAGAGCUUCUGAUUUUGCUGAUCAGAUUUUCAGUGUGCAAGCCUUUCCGGGAUGUGUGCUUGGUAUUACAGAUAAGGAAUACAGUAUAGUGAUCCAGAUUAGGGAGGCAAACGUUUUGAACAAGUUCAAGUAUUACUGGGCUACUAACAUCUGCAGAGGUUUUGUCAAGCUUCCAGCAGAGGCAGACGAAGGUGCUUCCAGUAGUCGUGCACCAACAUCACAGGCAGCCGAAUCAACUGACAAUGAUCAAGGAAUCUCAACUGUGGACUUAAACUCCAGCUUAACAGUUUAACAAAUGCACACUGCUGUAUGCUGCUGCUCUGCAAAGUUGCAAUUUUCACAAACUGUAAAUUUCCCCUAAUGCAAAAGACUGAUUACUUUUGGCCUACUGUUAGCAUCAAAGAACAAUUAACCUUGCUGUAUAAGG